AUGGCAUUGUUUGGUUCUACCAGCCAGCCUUCAUCUGCUGGUAGGCUUACGUUUGGUACACCUUCAGGUUCUGCUUCAGCAUUUGGAAGCCUUGGAGUUAGCCAGGUGGCAAAUCCGACUAUUUUUGGUUCAACAAGCACGCCGAGUUUUGGUGCUUUUGGAACCGGAACAACGGCCUCAUCUACUGUAUCGGUAUUUGGUACUGUUAAGUCUACUGCCUCUUCCUCUUUUGGUAAGAUUAUCGGUCUUCUUUUUACGGGGGCGUAAACAAAGCAACUACGGCACGCGAUUGAUACCGACGCGAACGACUUCGUAGAAAUCGGGUAAAUGCUAAUGCACUUACCAGCGGCCUUCCCAGGGAGGGGGGAUGACCCUAGGGAACCCCCGCGCAUUUGCAGAACGACGUUCACAAAUUCUUCCCACCCAAGAGCAAUAAUUCUCCAGAAAAGCUACCAUUGUCACCUGCCCCCGGGAUACACUGGUGGCCAGUUCCAAGUCGUGUUUGAGUUGUUGACUUCAGAGCAUGUGUCACCUCACUUGCGAUAAGGGGUAUUAAGGUGAAUUGAGAAAACGGCAUUUUAGCCCGUUUUAACGCGUGUUUAAAUGCGUUAAAACACCAGCCCUAAAAGCGCAUCAAAAAUGUAGUUCACUAGCUUGAAAUAAUUAACCUCGGACUGCAUAUUAUACACACUCGUUUGGCUUAAUUAUAACCGAGAUAUAGCUGCAAAUAAAAACUGAAAGAAUGCUUUUGUCUUAUCGAUUCUAUCUGGGAGAAAGACAAUUUUUUCCCUGCAAAAUUAAAGUAACUUAAUUUGUAUUCACUGUGCGAUUAAAUUAAAAUCUCGGCUGGGCAAUUACACUCGAUUAACUUCGUAAUUAAAAAGUUCCCAAUGCAAUGAAGAUGUACAUGUAGAAUUCUCGCUCAGCCAGAAUUAACAAAAUAAUAAGCGUGAACUACAUUGUAACUACUUACCUUCUGCCUUUCAAUCCUUUCGUAGUGAAAAAAGCUUUUACCUGAAAACAGCUUUUGGCACGAGUCAAUGUAUUUUGUGUUGUCUUCGAAAAGAAGGGGUUUUCCGUUGUCAAUUGCGUACAAUUUUAAUAUUAACUGGUCAUAAUUUCAUGUAAAGAUCAGCUUACUCCGUAAUUGAUGCAAAGAAGAUUUUAUUAAAACACAAUACCCUAAGUUGGAGAAGUAAGAAACUUGUUUACUUGAACACAUUGAAUGCUUACCGGUGUAAUUUGAAGUUGCGCGAUUUAUUGUAAACAUCGAAAUCCAGCCACUUCGUUCCAAGUUUGAUCCUUUUACUGUCACUGCCACAAUAUUUCAAAAGUCGUUUCAUUCCGCAAAAGAAUCUGAUCAGUGUUUGUUUGAGCGAGUUAACGAGUGUCGAAAUUGAAACCAAUAAUCCACUGUUGCUGUUGUAGUGUUUCAAAAUUCAAUAAACGCCAGACAAGUCCUCCUGUCACAUAGCCACUGGAACAAUCUAACUUGUUUCAACAUCGAUUACAAAGUAAUCAGUUUCCUUGCCAAAACGAAAUAAUAUUUUCCACACUAUCACAGAUUUUGCCACCAGUUCAGGAGCAUUUGCUCUUGUGGAAGGGACAUUUGUGUACACAGCCGCGUAACAUGAAUACAUAAUUGAGACUAGGAUCACAUUUCACCAAGCUCAGUGUCACGGAAUGUUUUUUAUGCCUAUCCUUUUUUUUCUUUUUGUUUCUCUAUCUACUAUAAUUAUUCACCUUUUUAAAACAGUUUUUUUUCAAACGAUUGUACUAGUGCAGACAUGAUAGACGUGAGACAGAUGACAAUCUUUACCGAUCGAUCUGGCGUAGUUCUUGCACAGCAUCUGGUCAAAGAGAGUAAAUACCUAAUGGCAAAACUCGUGGAGAUUUAUUAUCAUUUUGCCUCAUUGCAUUGGUGUUGCUCCUUUUCAGGUGUAAUAUAGCGAAUACAAAACUGUACAACCCAGAAACGUCACGUUUAUUUUUGUUCCGUUAGUGCAGGGGGGUCCCUGGGUUAAUUAUUUGUGAAAUUAUGUUUUGACAAGAGAAAGUAAUAAUUAUAGGAACGUUAAAACGCGUUAAGACAUUUGGACAUUUUAGGCACAUGGUUGUUUUUAAAUGCAUUAAAGAUGCAUUAAAACGGCAAAGUGACACGUUAAAACGCCGUUUAAACAUGUUAGAGGUAAAAACGCAUUUAAAUGCCUUUCACCUUAAUACCCCUUUUCCCAAAUGAGGUCACAUAUCAAAAACAAUUUUUCAUGGUCAUCUACUAUGUUCAAUGCCUCCACAUCAACUUUUUCCACCUAAUUUUCGUCAAACCAUUGAAUAAACGCUUUGGAGUUCCUCUCUACCUUGCAAAGACAUUCAACUUUAAAAAUUACACUAGAAUGGCCUUUAAAUCUGACAACCUACGCAAUUGGGUUAUUCCAGAAAAAAUCCACUCCCAUGUUGGAAAAUCUCACUGGAUGGGGAGUUAACGGCUUUGGAAAUCCAGAUGGAAGGGGGGCUCUGAACCUAAGAUUACAUCCUCGGGGGUAACUUUCGAUUUCAUUGAUGUUUCAAUGGCUUCAACCAAUAACUUUUCAAAAAUUGCUUUGCGUUUUCAAAUUUUAUUGUCCUUUCAAACUACACACCUCUGACCACAUUUAUUUUUAGUUUCCAUCCAUAGGCUUGCCCUCGUUACUUUUGUAGAAGCGACGUGUGAUAACUUGAAGAUAUCAAGAAAAAUCGCAUACAGUCGACUCCCGAUAACUCGAACCCUCGCUAACUCGAACCUCGUGCUAACUCAAACCAAAAUCGAUUUCCCCUGGAUUUCCGUCAUAUGUUCACUGUAAUUUUACCCUCGGUAACUCGAGCCCUCGAUAACUCGAACUCCCGCUAACUCGAACCAAUUUUUGUUUCCCCUCAUGUAAUUUUCUAUAUAAUUUAACCUUGAUAACUCGAACCAUGUUUUAAGCCCUUAAAAAGUCGGGAAAAAAGCCGUCUUUGGGUGUUCGAAACAUUGAAUUUAGGAUUUUCUAUUGACGUGUUGUAGGAGUAUAGUUUACUGGUUGAGGCUGAUGUUGAUUGUCACAGGCUAGCAUGAAGCAGCUUUUCUUCUAAAAACAGUAAAACACAUGCUCUAUUUAGGCUAUGUUUUGUUACGUUGCAUUCUGAUUUAUAAUCUAGAAGUAUCUUUUAAUUUUCACUUGACAUGUCUACAAUUAAAUGUGAUUAAAAUGUUCACUGUCCAGUAAAAACUGUUUUUUCCUUACUCUCGGCUAUUUUCUUCAAACUGCCGAUAACUCAAAUUCCCGAUAGCUCAAACCUUUUUUUGAUUUCCGUUGAAGGUUCGAGUUAUCGGAAGUCAACUGUAAUUCAUAAAAAAGCGCUCAGUUCAAGUAAAGCAAACAAUGAUUUUACCUUGAAUUAUACAUUUUUCCAAGGUUAAAGCUAUUUCGGGUGAUUUACCACUAAACUGGCCUUACAAGUACAUUUUGUAAGCGUGGUUGUUUGUGAUUGUUUGGCAGCCAUUUUGAAAGGCAAGUGUUGUGGCAAGUGGUACAGCAUGUCAUGUAAUAUCCCACUAAGGGUCCUUUUUCUGUCUUUUGUGGUCAUUUUUUAUCGACAAAGAAGAGAACCAUGUAUUCGAGAGCAUAGUUAGUUUUGAGCUUUAUUGUAGUAUAUAUUGCUAUUUUUGCCAUAAUUUCUAGAAAAAAAGAGAAGUUCACUCAAAUAUGAGCAUAUUUGCAAAAAGUGUAAUAAGAUGUGAAAAUGGAAUCUUAACGUUCACAACAAACACAGAAUUCUCGGAACAUUGAGACUUAUUUAAUAAAAAGAUCAUCUAAGUGCCUAAAAGGAUUCUUGUACAUUGAGUGUAAAGUAAAAUCACGGUGUCUAACAAUUUUGUGGAAAUCCAGAUGGCCUUUGAACUUGGAAAUCCUGAGGGGUGGGGGGCUCAAGCAGUUUUGGAAAUACAGGUGGAUGGGUGGUCAAAAAACCGUGCCUUCCAUCAUGGGGGUGUGGAUUUUUUCUGGAAUAACCCAUUUAGUUUUUUGGGCUGAAUCUCCCCAAACAAUGCCUCACAGUGACAAUAAUUUUUUAUAUUAUUAAGACGAUUUUGAUAUACUUUUAUCUCUUAAGUUUUAGUUAGCUUACAUGCAUGACCCCAUAAGCGGCAAGGCUUUAUUGUUUAAUCACCAUCGUGUUGAAAUAAAAGUUAUUAGGGAUCUUUAGCAGUGGGUUUUUCUUGGGAAAUCGCAAACCGCAAAAUGUCAUGUGACCACGGCCGUGCAGCCAUGUUUGCAGUUUGCAAUUCACGUUUGAACCACAGGAAGGGCUUCCAGCGGUAAGUGAUUUAGGGCAAGGUUUUUUGCCACUGAAAAUUGUACAGCCUCACAUUUAAAGGCAUGAACUAGCUUUUUAUAUCCAUUUGCGAUGUGUUUGUUGGAUUUUGAUCUCGAAUCAAAGAAUUAUUGCUGCUUUUUGGGUGAUUAAAGUGAUGCACGUCGACUUAAUGAAAACAACUUGGCAGCCCUAAACAAUGAAUACGUAGUUCAAAUCGAUUUUUUAUUCCUUUCUGCUGUACUAACAAAAGAAGGUAUUCUGUUCCAAUCCAGAGUUAAAAUUUUUUCUACCUUGUCACUGAAUUCAUAACUUAACUCAGUCUCUGUUUAGUUCCUAUUUUUAAUGUAUCACUCCAUGAAUUUGAUUUUAUUUUACUUAUUUCUUGAGACUGGAUAGCCCAGGCUUCGUAAGCCUUCUGGUUUCUUCUGGGCCCCUUUGCAACCUUAGGAAUUAUUCCUAUAUGUAUUCUUGUCUUGUAUUAUAUUUUGGCCAAAUAAAAAUCAACUGAACUGAACUGAACGCUGUGCUAAAAUUUGAAAUCUGGGCGACGUGAAACUGCAAACAUGUAACUGCAAACUGCCAUUUGAAGUUGCGGUUUCCCAUGAAAAACCUGAUGCUAAAGGUCUCUAUUGUAUUUUAUUGUACUUCGAAUAAGGUUUUUGCUUCUG